AUGAAAUUGGCGCAGUUGAAAAUGAACGGAGAAUUUGUGAAUGCUUUUAUUGAAAGGUGGAGGCCAGAAACGCAUGCAUUUCAUUUGAAGUGUGGAGAGGCAACUAUUACACUUCAAGAUGUUUCUGUGCUACUUGGUAUUCCUGUGGAUGGAAGACCAUUAAUUGGAAAUACAAAUAUUGACUGGUUUGAGUUGUUUCAUGAAUUAUUGAGUGUCAUGCCUGACGAUGCUGCAAUUGAUGGGAACUCAAUUAAAUUGAGUUGGUUGUCUUCUCAUUUUGCAAAUAUUCAUGAUUUUACAGGCAACCAAGAAGGCCUUGAAAGAUUUGCUCGUGCUUAG